CGGUCUUACUCUUUUCCACAAUAGUGAAGAACAUUAAAUGGCCAAUCAUUCCGGAAGGCCGACCUUCAGGUCACGCUUCUGCACCGCCUUUAACCACGAGGUCGACGAUCCGAAUGAGUACAUGGUGCACUUUGCCAAGCGGAGGAAGGAUGAGCUCAUAAUCGAGAGCCAGGUCUGCGGUUGGUGCUACAAACUGCAUUACGAAAACUGCGAAAAGCCCAAGUUCCGCAGUAGGCUCCCCAAACUUUCGAAUGUGCGCAUCACCCAGCUGUAUACGAAAUCACCAGCAACAGGAGCUCGAGAAGGAGCAGGAGAAGCAGAAGCUGUUUGUGGGUCGGUGGUGCUGCAGAUGGUGGUGCAAGGACCCUCGACUGCGCCACCAGUGGCACUCGAGCUGACAGCCGGCAAAACCCUAAUUGAAAUGGAGCUAAAGAAUGGUUUUUCAGCCGCAGUGAAGUCGGACCGUGAGCGCUGGCGUAAUUAG